AUGGCAUUCACUAGCUUCAAAACAGUAUUUUGCUCCGUUUCUCUAUUUGUGUUUGUCAUGUUACAUUUUUCCUUUGUUGCUGAUUCUGUUUCUGUGGACAACAAUACCGAGAUAGAUGUUCUUCUCAAUUGGAAAGUCAGUCUUAAAAAUGAAAACCAGUCACUCCUGCCUUCAUGGACUCUCCUUCCUAAUAAUGCAACCGAUGCUUCCAACAAUCAAAAUGUAGGCUCAAAUCCAUGCAAUUGGUUUGGCGUUUCUUGCAACCAUGCAGGAAGUGUUAUUAGAUUAAACUUGACUAACUCAAGCUUGAAAGGUACGCUCCAUGAAUUUUCAUUUUCGUCACUUCCAAACCUUUCAUUUGUUGACCUCAGCAUGAAUGAACUCUUUGGUACAUUCCCUAUUGAUAUUAGUCACCUAUCCGAACUCAUAUAUCUUGAUCUAUCAUAUAAUAACUUAUCGGGGAAAAUCCCACCCCAGAUUGGCCUACUGAUCAACCUUGAGGUCUUGCACUUAGCUAAAAAUCAGUUGAGUGACUCAAUUCCUCCAGAAAUAGGUCAUUUAAAGUUUCUUAAUAACCUUUAUUUGUAUGCCAACCGUUUCCAUGGAUGCAUUCCUGCUUCAUUAGGUAAUUUGAGCUAUCUGACUGACUUUUCACUUGAUAGUAAUUUACUUUCGUGUUCCAUUCCUGUGUCUUUAGGUAAUUUAAGCAACUUGGCUUAUUUGUACCUCUAUGACAAUCAACUUUCCGGUCCCAUUCCUCCACAAAUUGGAAACCUUACCAAUUUAAUUGAACUUGACAUUAGUAACAACAGUUUAGAAGGUCUCAUCCCUUACAGUAUUGGAAAAUUUGAAAAGCUGACGUUGUUACAUAUGAACCAAAAUCAGCUCUCCGGUUCCAUCCCCCCAGAAAUUGGAAAUCUGAAGUCUCUCAUAUUCUUAAGCCUUCAUACAAAUCAUCUUUCUGGCUUAAUCCCCACAUCUUUAGGUUCUCUUAGAAACUUGACUGUUUUGCACCUAUACAACAAUCAACUUUCUGGUACCAUUCCUGAAGAAUUAGGAAACUUGACAUCCAUAACUGAUCUUGAACUGAGUAGAAAUCAGUUGAAUGGUACUAUUCCAAUUUCCUUUGGUAGGUUGAGUGGCUUAAAAGCUUUAUGCCUCCGUGAUAACCAACUUUCUGGUCCCAUUCCACAAGGGAUCGGAAACUUAAUGAAGUUGACUACUCUAUUGAUAGAUGCCAACCACUUUACUAGCUUUUUGCCUCAAAACUUAUGCCAAAGUGGGUCUCUCCAAUUACUAAGGGCAGACAACAACCAUCUCACAGGUCCAAUACCAAAAACCUUGAGAAAUUGCACAAACUUAAUUAGAGUCCGCCUUGAAAGAAACCAACUCUUUGGAAAUAUAUCUGAAGAUUUUGGUGUCUACAGAAACUUGCAGUACAUGGACCUAAGUUUCAAUCGAUUUUAUGGUGAAAUCUCACAUAACUGGGGCAAGUGCACACAACUAACCAGUCUAAAGAUUGCUGGGAACAAUAUUUCUGGUGGCAUACCACUUGAAAUUGGAGACUUAGUUCAACUCCAAUUACUUGAUCUUUCUUCUAAUCGUUUGGUAGGGGAGGUUCCAAAGGAAUUUGGAAAGUUGACUUCCAUGUUGAAGCUCUUGUUGAAUGGCAAUAAACUUUAUGGUGGUUUACCCUUGGAGCUUGGGUCGUUAAUAAAUCUCGAGUAUCUAGAUCUAUCUGCUAAUAGGUUUGGCAAAUCAAUCUCGAGAGAUAUAGGGAACCUUUUGAAACUACAUUACUUGAAUAUGAGCAACAACGAGUUCAUCCUCAACAUUCCAGUUCAAAUGUGUGAAUUAACUUAUUUAUACCAGCUAGAUUUGAGCCUUAACUCACUUGAAGGAGAGAUACCUUCACAAAUCAACAAUAUGCAAAGCUUGGAGCUGUUCAAUUUAUCUCACAAUAAUUUCUCAGGUUUUAUUCCAGCUGCUUUCGAAAAGAUGCAGGGCUUGUCAUUUGUCGACAUAUCCUACAAUGAGUUGGAGGGUCCUCUUCCAAAUAGCCGAGCAUUUCAAGAUGCUCACAUUGAAGCACUACAAGGUAAUAAAGGAAUAUGUGGAAAUGUUAUGGGAUUGCAAUCCUGUAAGGUAGAACAUAUUUCAAAGAAGGGUCUUAAAAAGAAAAAGGAGAAAUGUUGGGGAUGCUACCUUCUCUUCGGAACAGUUUCACUUGUAUUGGUAAUCUUGGGAAUUUACUUCACUUUAAAAGGAAAAAGGCGAAAUCCACAGACAAAGCGAACAAAAGACAUGGACAAGGAAGAAGAGUUUAUUCUAUCAAAUUUUGAUGGAAGAAAACUGUACCAAGAAAUGAUUGACGCAACCCAGGGUUUUGAUGCUAAUUUUUGCAUUGGGGAGGGAGGAUAUGGAACUUUCUAUAAAGCCAAGCUAAUAUCAGGAGGCAUAGUCGCAGUGAAGAAACUCCCAUCUUUGCGUGACAGGUAA